AUGAUUCCGAUUAACAUGAUUGAAAAUAAAAAAGAAAUUAAAUCAAAAGAAUAUCACAUAAAUAAACGAGUUUUAACUUGGAUUAAUGAAAUCGAUGAAGAUGAUUCAUUAACACCGCCAAAGUCAAUGCUUUCAUCAAAUACUUUAUUAAUCCGACAAGAUGAACCACCACAACGUACAACAAAUAAACAAGAAAUACUCGAACAAAAAUAUUGUAAUAAACAAAAUUUAAAUACACAUAAAUUUGCUAAACUUCUAUUUUGA